AAACUCGUGACCUCACCCGUACUGCUGCUAGAUAGUGUGACUUUUAUGUAAUAAACCCUAUGAUGGUGAUGACAACAAACCAUAGAUAUUUCUGUGCAAACAGCGUAUAGUAAACAGUGGAGCAGAAGCUGAUUUGUUAUUAAAAUACAAUGUCAGGGUUAAGGUAGAUUGCGUUUUCUGUGAACUUGUCAUGAAAUGUCUUGUGUCGGCAACUGAACGCGGCAGUCAUCACCAGUUUCGUCAGAAAUUGUAAUCAGAACGGUGAUUCGCGUUCGCGAAUAGCCAUGGAAGAGUGUGAUUGUAGUGAGAAACAUCUUGACGACGCGAAAGAUGAUACACCAGAGCUACAAUACAGGCUAGAUAUUGCAACACGAUACUACAGCAAAAAUGCCGAUUUAUUGGACACGAUCUCGUACAACUUAAUGCUGCCCUGGGUAACAUUGCUCAGUUUGUUAUUGUCUUGUUGUGUUGUUAGAGAAUCGGCAGCUAGAAGUGUUGAAGAUAAAAUAAUGAACAUAAUUAUGGGAAGUAUUUAUUUGCUGCUAGUGAUAGUAGUAAGUCCAGUUGGCGUAAUUGGCAUCGUUUUGUGGUUGAUAAUUUGCCGUAAUUUCAAACAAGAGAAGUAUACCUACGUGGAGGUCAGUUCAGACUGCGAGUCGGCUUUUAUUUCGAAGAGAAAUGAAGAUAAAUAUUUCACAUUUGGAUCGGCCAAUGUAUUGUUGGCACCAGAAUUUGUCUGCAGGUUAAAUAAUGUUACAGACUCAAAAUCUAGAGCAGCUGCUAUCGCGGAAAUAUUCACAAAUCACACAGGAAAACACUUGCAUAACUUAGACCAAGAAGAUACUGGUUACGAAGUAUGUAGUAAAGUAGAGAGUUUGCAUUCAGAAGUUCCGUACACGGACUUCUUGUGUCUCCAGGAAGUGUGGGAACGUUCUUAUGCUUUAAUAUUAAUUGACAGACUUAAAGAUGAGUUCAAAUAUUUUUUAUAUGACGUCGGUGAAUAUUCAUGGGACAUCAAUCACUGUAUGUUAGGCAGUGGUCUUAUGUUUGCAAGUAAAAAACCCAUACUUGCGGCAGACUUCAAGACAUUCUCGUAUAGAACGAAGCAUGCGAAAUACACUUCUCAAGGAGUGCUUUGUGUGAAGGUCUUGCUGAGUGACUCGGGCUUAUAUCGCCAUGUUGGUUUCAUCAGCAACAUGCAUACACAAGCAUUUCAGGGUGAUGAACCUGUCAUUCCAAGGCAGGUGACAGAUGCAUAUGUAUUUAUUCAUAUGUUCAAGUAUAAAUUUACAGAAAAAACAGACAUUGUUGAUUUUGAUGUUAUAUGUGGAGAUUUCAAUGCUGAUAACAUGUCUCCAGCUGAUGAGGAUUUUCAGUAUCAUGUCAUUUUCAAAGAAUAUUCUGAUGUAUGUGUGGAAAAACCAGGCAAAGAUCAUGAUUGGGCUAUAGGGACAGAAAUGAGGCAAAUGACAAUGCACUCUGAGGAACUUUCAGAUCCUGAAAUAUUUAAGGAGAUUCUAGCUGAUGACUCAGAACGAAGGAGGUUUCUUCUCGAUGCUGAUGUCAUAGUACAUGGUCAUCAUUUAAGAAUGGCAGUUGCUAAUCCUGACAAAGAUGGUUUAAUCCGUCCGGUUCCUUGGGGUGGCAUGCGGCGAAUAGACAGAAUUUUGUUCAACAAAACAAUCUCUGGAUCAGUACCAGUGGGUUACUGCUUUUCAACAGCUCUUACAAAUCUAACAGAUCAUUUACCAAUAUAUAUGACACUAACAAACAAGCAUUGUAUGGAAACUAAAACAUUGUAAUGUCCUGUACACUGAUCAUCCACAAUUUUUUAAAAAAAUCAUGUCUUAUAUUUUUUUAUUAAUAUUUACAAAUAUUGUGAUGAAGUUUAUACAACACACACAGAUCUUUUUUGUUUUAGUAUAGACGACCAACACAAGUUUAAUUUUUAUCACUCAUGUUUCUCAGUUUUUUUGUCCACGGUGUACUAGUGCUGUGCACCUGAUUUAGUAUAGUCCUCUAUGGUUUUUAUAGAAUGUGCAUAAUGUGUUGGCAUUUGUAAAUACUUUUUUGUUGCAGUGAAGUAGCAUUCCACUGUGUUAUUGUGAUCUUAAUGUAUCCAUAUUAUUAUGUAAUUUCUGAGAGAAGAAAUUAAACAAUGUUUUGAAAAUAGUGUUUGUGGAGCAUA